CGAAGGAAAACAACCCAUGAAAAAUUCCGUUUUUCCCAGUUUUUCGCGAAAAAGAACGCAAUUCCGUGGUGCAAAUCGACACACUGCGAUCUCUAUCAUCAUACUCAGUGAUUUUGAGAGUGGCAAGAGGUGAAUUUGCAGGGAAAAUAGACUUCGACAAUGGACAUUAUCGAUCCACUCCGCCCCAAAACAGUGCCCCUUUCCGCAGAGACUAUUCUCUGGUUUGAAUUCCUCCUCGAUCCCGAGCUCCUGACGUCUCAUCUCAAUAAGUGCUCACCAAAUCCCCCACCUAUUGAAUUGAUAGAGAAAUUCCUCACAAUCUUCCCGGACAAUCCGGGGGAAAGUGCAGUGACGCCCCAAGGAAGUGACAAGGAGACGCCUAAAUCAAUUGAGGAGAUUCUAGGCAGGAAGCAGAUCGCACUGAAGAUUCUCACUCUGAAGGUGGCUUCGCAUCUCAAGUGGAAUCUCGAUGUGAUCGAAACGCUGAAUCUGCAGAAGCAAAUCCAAUUGCUCGAUGAUCUCUGCACGGUGACGUCAGGGACUCUGGUCAGUCUGCCGCUGACGAGUGAUGAGGUGAAGAUUGGACCACAGGGAAGCCGUGGCGCCUUUGAGUUCGCCCUUCUUGUCUACCAUCGCUGGACGCUGCGCGUGUACAAGAUCUUCAAGGAAGCGUUGCUGAAGAACAAAGCCAAUUUCGGCCUAAAUCCAGCUGGAACGACCACAGAUCCCAUUUCGCUGCGCGACGAGAUGUUUGCCACAGCAAUGGAUCCCAUUCCGCAGGACAGCAUCAACUACUUGCUCAACAUUUGCCAGAAUCCGGAAGCAAUCGCCGUGCUGACGUACGAUUCCCUGAUUCCACUCAACGCCACGUCGGAAUACACGAGUCAGAACUUCAGAUUCAUCAAAUUCAUCUCCAAGUGCGAGAUCAAGACGCAGAUUCACUUUGACCUGUGCAAGUUCUUCCUGUACGUCAACUCAAACGCCCUGGCCAGACAGCACGCCAUCGAUUGCCGCGACAAUCUGCGCGUGCUGAAGUUGGAAUAUGAGUCGAGAGGUGAGAAGCCGGCGGACUUCCUCCUCUGCCAUGUGCCCGAGGAGGAGCUGGAGGGAUGCUUGCUAGCCUGCGGCGUGAGCGAUGUCAAGCACGGCCUUCUGCAGAGGAUGAACGAGGAGAUUGUCCACCAGCGCUACUCCAACAUCCUGGAAAUCCUCGAGAGGGACAAUAUUGAGCUGGAGAUUCCAUUCGUCCACCGUAAGAUCCUCGAACUAGACAUUGAGGAGGCGCUGAAGACUGGCGAAGCCAACGUGACAAAAGACAUUGAGAUCAGCAUAAUUGCCCUGAACACAAUUCGGUGUCUUGUGGACGAAGAGAAUUGCUUCCAGACCACGGACUUCAUGCAGAAGUACAACGGCUCAGCGGAGAAUCUGAGCGUUCUCCUGCAAGCCACCGCCAAAUUUCUGGCCAGCGAAUGUCCGCAGAGGAGCAGAGAUCGCAUGGCGCAGUACUAUAGGAGUCUGCUCGUGAAGGUGGACAUCGUGAAGGAGGUGAGAAGCCUGAAUCUCCUCACUGAGGACGAGCUGGCCUUCCAGGCGGGCAGUCGAUUCGUCUUCCCGCAGAUCAGCACUCAGGCCGACUGGAGAGUGCCCGAUCUGAGCCACCAUCGGUUGGAAGUGGGUCAACUCAAGCGACAGCUCAUCAACAGCAACGCCUCGGAUGUGCGGAAGCUGUGCCGGAAGCUGGGCAGCAUGAAGGAGUACGACGAGGGCAGACGGCGUCCGCGCGAGCUGUGGGAGAUCAACGCGAGUUGGUCCAUCCCCAUUCCGCUGCAGUCUGUCCUCAAGUCUCUGCAGAGGGGCUUCCUGAAGGAUUUCGCCUACAUCGCACUGGGCAAGGCGCGCGAACUGACCAAUCGCAAGGACUUCACGGGCGCCGUGGCGAUGCUGACCGUGCUGAAGACGGAGACGCAACGAUCGGAGAUUGCCAACACGGCGGCCGUGACGAAGAUGGGAAAGCUGAUCGCCUGGGAGAUUCUGCUGGUGCAAAUCUGUCAGUGUCUCAAUGACUGGCCGAAGAAGCAUCCUGACUCCGCGUCCAUCGGCGCCAAGUGCAAGCAGUGCAUCCUGUCGCUGCAGAACGGCGACGCGGCUAUUCCCCGGACGGAGAUCCUGGAGUACAGCAUCGCCAUGCUGCUCAAUCUGUCGGACUGGGCCAGCCUCAUCCUGCCCGACAAGCGAUCGCCCAUCCUCGAAGUGAGCUCUGCACUCGCCGGCGCAGCGCUGGACAUCGAGAAGGGCAAACCGAGCAAGAUCUGCCGGGAGGCAUGGGACCUCGUGCUGCCCAUGUUCCUGACCAGCGGCGGUAAGAGGAGUGUGUCCAGGGACUCUCCGACGCUGGCGGCGAACAACUUCUCCGCCUUCUUUGGCAAACUGCGCGAGCCGUUCAUCGUGUCAAUUAUAUUGUCGCUCUUGGCCAAGGUGGUGAAUAUCAUCAAGGACGACACGAAUGUGGAGAUCUCCUGCGACUACAUGUUCCUCUGGCCAGCGACGAUCUCCAACUCCAAUUCCUACAACUUGAGGGCAGUUUCUGAGGCUCUUUCCCAUCUCCUGGAUCAGAAUCUCAAGUUCUAUCCGCAGAACAUCUCGUGGCUGAAGCUGAGAGCCGAUCUGGACUAUCUGAACGGCGACAACGAGGCGGCGAUCAAGGGAUAUGUGAACGCCUUGAUUUCUGGCACGGAGUACUGCACUCUUCACCUGCAGAAGCCCCUGAUAGACGACGCAGUGGUCAGGCGGAUGAUCAAGUGCAGCACAAACCUGGGAUGUCACAUGCAAGCCACGGUUCUCUGCCAAUUCCUGGACGACGUGGAUUACGGGUUGGCCUUCAAGUGCAUCUCUGAGAAGAGCGCCAGCUUCACGGACGCCAUCGACACGUAUUACUCGUGCAUCUGGGACGUGACUAUCCUGGAGUUCAUCAUAAAUCUGCACGCGAAGAAGAACGAGCACACGAGGAAGCUGCAGGUGAUCUCGUACAUGAGCCAGCUGGAGUUGAAUGCCAACAAUAACGAGGAGAUCAAGAGAGAGGCGGCCAACAAUCGCAAGAUGAAGUUCCUGCGAGCGCUGGCCAAGCAGUACAUGCUGCAGGAGAUGUGAAGGUGGUCAGGAAUAACACUAGGGACUUUGAUAA